GUGUUGUUGUAACAUUUGUAUUAGAUUAGAUUAAAUGUAAUCAUGUAUUUUUUGUAUUGCUGCAUAUCUUUAAUUCCUGAUUUAGUGUUAGAUUUAAUUGUUCUUCUAGAAGGUCUGUUUCUAGAAGAAGGCUGCCAGCUUUAUGUGUUAGUUAUUCGGUUAGGCUGUUAGUUAGUUUUAUUCCUUGUGCUCAACCACCCCCUAUACCCUAUAAAUAGGGGUCGUGGAUAGGUUUGUAAGUGAGAGAGUCUUAGUGUGCCAGAAAUCGUGAAGGACUGUUUUCAGUUUUACUGUCUUAAGUUGGGUUUGAGUGCGAGAGGUUGGGAGUGGCUGGUUCUAGCUUGUAUUUCCUAUAAUCCCUAUAGCUUUCAGUGUAUAUGGGCGGGAGGGAUUAAGCUCUCAUUGUAAUCAUCCUUGGUGACUUCAAGAUAGUGGAUUUCAGUGGCUCCUAAGCAGUCUGGAUGUAGGUCUUGGAUUUCAAGACCGAACCAGGAUAAAUCUUGCUGUUGUCUCGUGUGGUUGUGUUGUUCUCUUUUCUGUUCUUUGUUAUCAAUAUAUUCUUGUAGUAGGAAGCUGGUUGGGUUGAGAGAAUAGAGUGGAAAGCUGUGAGAUACUCUAACACUAGUGUUCAAAGUUUUGCUUGCCUAUUCCAAUCCAUGUUUGAGGGGAUUUAACUCUUUGAAGAAUCAAGUAUGCACACUAAAAUAAAUGCAUGUGUACUAGACACUUAUCAGACAAUUUUUGUUAAAAAACACAUCAAACUAAGUCUCAUUCUUGGCACAUAGUGCGUCCAGAUGGUGUUUAACUCUGUGGGCACGCUGAAAUCUUCCAGGCACAUCUGACAGCAUGCCCAAUGGUGAUGCUUUGUUUGAAACUUGAAAGUGCAUCGAGUUGAAAGUUGAAAGUCAAACUUCUUGCCUUUUUCUUUGUAUGUGUGUGUGUGUUUAUUUGGUUCCUAGUAAAGGUUGGUUGUUGGUUGGUGUUUUUGGGUUGUGCAUUUUCCUAUUUUUGAUGAUGAAUUUAUUUACUAUUGAAUUGGAACUCCUUAAAUUUGUAAAGGGCAAGCAUAGCUUGACUUUUUUUUCAAAAUUAAAACUCCACACUCACACACAAAAUCAAACUAAAACUCCCUCUAAAUAAUUUCCCAAAAUAAAGCUCCCCUUGCCACUACACAUCAUCAAAGCUUGAGAGAACCCUGAGGAAAAACCGCUGGCUGAGCCAGGCCAGCAGUUUCAGAGGAGAAUUGCUGGUCAAGUAAGCAGUUCCUUACAGCGUGGGAACCGGAACAUGCAGCGAUUCCUCUUUUAUUUGGGAUAAAACCACUGUCUGAGUGACAAGAUUAUAAAAAAGACUUCUGCUUGGUGAAAUUAUAUGGAAGAAGCAUGAAGGAUCAGGUUUCUAUGAUGUAUCAUUUGCUAGUUUUUUGCUACAAUGAGCUGUUGAUGGUAUAUAGGAAUAGUGGGACAGCUGUAAAUGCUUCUGCUUGGUGAUCUAGUUUCAAAUAUCCCUCAUUCUCUAGGGUCAGAGUGUACAGUUUAGAUCUCCUUCCCAUCAUUUCUUUCAACUGCUCUGAGUAAUUGAAUCUGCACGGCAUUAUUCCUCAUCUACUUGCCAUGAAUUUGAUUGUCUACAUUACUACAAUAGCUACCUCUUGACAUAGCUAGUUGUUAUUCAGAUGUUAUUCCUAUGCCUUCUAGUUUGAGAAGGCAACAAAUGUAACUUCCUUAAUGCUUGCCUAAGCAAAAGAACUUGAUAUGAUUUGUGCACCUGUACUUAUUAUGGCAUAAUAACAGUAGUAACAAAAGAAAGUAAUUCAUGCAGCUGUUCGAGCCAGGUGACUCCUACUCAGGUCAGGUUUUAUAAGGGCAGAUUUAUAUGUGAGUUGUCUUGAGCUGAAAUUUAAAUUUUGAAGGGCAACUCACAAUGAAAUUUAAAUUUUGAGGGUAAAUUUUUAGCCCAACUUCAAUCUAGUCCACCCUAAUUUCAAUCCAGCCCAGUCCAAUUUUUUCCAUCCCACCCCUACCUAAAUUCUUAGAUCCGCCCCCGGGGUUUUGUCGUGAUUCAGAUUAAGCUCUUUAUGCUUGGUUUUGUAUUCCCCACUCUGCUAUAAUUGAGAUGUUUGAAUUUUUAUGUUAAACCAAUGAAAAAAUCAUCCCAGAAUGCUUCUUUCUGAUAGUUGCUGUCAGCUUGUUGGCUAAUAUUACAUUUAAGAGCAAUCAGACAGUGACCCUGAAAUGAGAUUAGGCGCCUGUUUGUUUGAGGUUGCAAUUCUGCUUGUUUUCUUUCUUUUGGCUUUCAUUUUUGAUGAUUGAAGGGGCUACUGGAAGAUGACAAAUCUUCUAUUUAUCUCUUGCCAUUUUGGUAUUUUUUCGAACCAUUCAGCUACAGAGGCUGCUAAGUAGAAAGAUUCCAGAGGACUGUAAUAAACAAUUAUAAUAUUUUAGACAAGAAGUCAAGUAUCUCCCAAAUCAAGCCAAAAGACACAAGAGUCCUGAGUGAGAAGAAGAUUGAAAAAGUCAUACCACAUGAUUUCAGGUAUUUUAGUCGCUAUUGAAAUUUAGAAAAAUGUUGUAUUAUAAAUAAGUUUAAUAGAUAGUUUUUAUAAAUUAAUUAAUUUAAUAUAAAUAAAUCUAUAAUAAUUUUAUUAUAGUCUUAUCUAAGAUUAAUAAUAAAUUUAAUUAUUAUUAUUAAUUUUGAGUAAAUUUAUUAUAAAUUUAGAUAAAAAUUAUUAUGAACAUUGUGGAACUUCUUCUUGGCGCAUUUGAGGUGCAGCCGCCGCCGGCUCCUUAUUCCGAACGCUAACUCCGGCCGAUGACAUCGCUGUCAGUGCCCAUAAUAUUCAGAACUUGCUUCGCUGCUCUGAUGUUGGCUUCCGAUUCAACCCGUAGCCAGAAUGGUGGCAUGUUUUAGGUUCUCCAUAGCUCUGAAACACGGUGGAGAUCCUAUCAUGUAUUCCCUUUUGGGGUCUGUUCGAACGCUUGCACCUAUGGUGCUCAGUAUUAAGCUUCAAUAUCAACCCCAAUCCUAUCUAUAUCACACGGUAAAUCAAUUAACAGCUGCUGAAUUAUCUCUUCAAAAUGUGGAACAGUCGAAUCGGAUGAUCACGAAGCUAAGCAGAGAGGGUCAAAUUACCGAAGCACGCUGGCUGUUUGAUAAAAUGUCUGACCCAGAUGUGAUUGCAUGGACUAGCGUCAUCUCGGCUUAUAUAAAUCGCGGAAUGAUUCGGGAAGCGAGGAAAUUGUUUGAUAGGGCGGAUGCUAAGAAAAAUGUGGUCACUUGGACUGCCAUGGUUAGUGGUUGCAUUCGGACGAAUCAGAUUUCGGAGGCAGAGAAGUUGUUCGAUAAAAUGCCUCAGAAGAAUGUGGUUUCUUGGAACACUAUGAUCGAGGGAUAUGUGAGAAAUGGUCGGAUUGAUUCAGCUUUGAAUCUGUUUGAGAAAAUGCCUGACAGGAAUGUGGUUUCUUGGAAUACCAUGAUAACUGGAUUGGGUCAGUGUGGGAGAAUUGAAGAGGCUAGGAAGCUAUUUGAUUGUAUGCCUGAAAGGGAUGUCAUUUCUUGGACUUCUAUGAUUGCCGGUUUGUCGAAGAAUGGGAGGAUUGAUGAAGCCCGGAUGCUUUUCAACACAAUGCCCCACAAAAAUGUGAUAUCGUGGAAUGCUAUGAUCACGGGAUAUGCUCAGAAUUCAAGGUUGGAAGAAGCUCGUGAUUUGUUUGAGAGGAUGCCAGAGAAGGACACUGCUUCAUGGAAUGCGAUGAUCACAGGGUUUAUCCAGAAUGGGAAUUUAAGGAGGGCGCAGAAGUUGUUCGAUGACAUGCCUGGUAAGAAUGUCAUCUCUUGGACAUCCAUGAUUACGGGGUAUGUCCAAGACGGUCGAAGUGAAGAGGCGCUAAGAAUGUUCUUGAGGAUGCAGGGGGCUGGCGGUGUGAAACCAAACGGGGGAACUUUUGCGACCGUUUUGACUGCUUGCAGCGAUCUAGCUGGUCUCAGUGAGGGAGAGCAAAUUCAUCAGGUAAUUUGCAAGACACAACAUCAAAGUAGUUCGGUUGUGACAUCGGCACUUAUCAACAUGUACUCCAAGUGUGGGGUGUUGGAUAUCGCUAGGAAAAUGUUUGACGACAGGCUUGCAAGCGAGAGAGAUUUGAUCUCAUGGAACGGAAUGAUCGCGGCUUAUGCUCACCAUGGAUGUGGUAGUGAGGCGAUCGGCUUGUUCGAAGAACUGAAGAACUUAGGAAUCAAACCUAACGAUGUUACAUAUGUGGGGUUGCUCGCAGCAUGCAGCCAUGCCGGGUUGGUGGAGGAGGGAUUAAAGUACUUUGCCGAGCUCAUAAGAGACGGCUCCCUGCAAGUUCGGGAAGAUCACUAUGCUUGCCUGGUUGACAUCUGUGGUCGGGCGGGAAGACUGGAGGAGGCUUUCAAUGUGAUUCAAUGCCUCCAAGUCGAGCCUCCUGCAUGUGUUUGGGGGGCGUUUCUUGCGGCGUGUAAUGUUCAUGGAAACACGAGGAUGGGAAAGCUGGCUGCAGAGAGGCUUCUGAGGGCGGACCCAGAAGAUGCAGGGACUUACACGUUGAUGUCAAAUAUAUAUGCCGCGAGAGGGAAAUGGAGAGAAGCUGCAAAAUUUAGGUUGAAGAUGAAGGAGAAGGGGCUGAAGAAGCAGCCAGGUUGUAGCUGGAUUGAUGUUGGGAAUAGGGUUCAUGUGUUUGUAGUUGGCGAUAAAUCUCAGACCGAAGCUAAUCUUAUUUAUUCUUUACUUAAUGGACUGCAUACGAAAAUGAAGAAGGCGGGCUACAUAUCAAAGGAUGAUUCUCUAAUGGAAGAGGAUUUUUUGGUAACUUAAAAAAAAGUGUUUAUAGUACAGCCCAGAACGGUUUGGAGUGUCAAAAAUGCUCGUGUAUGAUGAGUGGAUUGGAUUAGCCUUCCGGGGGAUUAUAUUUACCACAGAACCCUUGAUGCUAAUGUAAUAAAUAGCAAUACAGUUGAUGUCAGUUUUGCAUUUUUCUGA